UUCAUCAUGGAACGUAUAAUGAAGUUGUAAAAUGCAGGAAAGUAAAUUAUGAACUUAAACAUUCUAGACAAAAAUCAAAGAAAAAAUCUAUAAUGUAAUAAACUAUGUUGUGACCGGAGAUGUUAAAAUAAAACAACCACGUUUUGAUUCUUACAAAUCAUUAACGUAAUUUGCAACAAGCAUAUUUACCUCCAACCAUUAUUAUAUAGCUACAUAACUAAUAUAAUUCACAAUGAUUAAAAAUAUAUUUUAUUGUACAUUAUUUUUCUUGUAACUUAUAAAAAGUUUGUUUAUUCUAAAAAAGCAUAACAUAUAUGUGGGUAUAAAUACAUAAAUGAUGUGCAAUGUUUAAACGGGUAAAUUAAACUAUCAUGCAUGAUGCACGUUAUAUGCAUGAUCUAACGGGUAAAUCAAAACAUCAUGCAAGAUGCAUGUUUAAACUCGUAAAUUAAACCAUCACCAUUCUACCAUCCUAUUGAUGUGCCUAUAAAUACGUUUAUUUUGUCCAUUAAAACUCUACUUAUCUUAAAUAUUCAUAGAAUAAUACAAACAUAAAGUUAUACCGCACAAUGAUGCAGCAUGUGAAAUCACAUACGAUGGUAAUUCUCCUGUUACUACUGAUUUGUUACACCGGUACUGUAGCUUACGGUAGCCUGGGUUUACAAAACUCCUUACGCUAGAAAGCUACUAGAGUACGGUAGGAUUUUUCUUUCAGGAGCUACCGUAACUUAUGGUAGCCCCUGGCAGACUAAGAGGUGCAGUAGGUCACGGAUUAAUAUAAAAAAUAAAAUAAUAGCAAAUCACGUGAUUCAUCCCCACCCAUUCGAUUUCCUGCAUUUAUCCCUAUCCACACAUUACCUUUUCACUAACCAUCUCUUUCACAUAACCCUAGUUCCUCCAUAACCUUCCACACCUUCAAUUCUUCAUAUCUCUCUCAAAUCUUAACCAAAUCCUCUGAUUUCGGGGUCUUUUUUGAGGGAAAUUUCAAGAGCUUUCUGAUUUUGGGUUGGAAUUUAGAAGAAAACAACAUUUUCUGGUCUGAUUUGCAUGUUUUAAAGUCGAAAAUUUUGGGGUUUUAGGAGGUUACUUAUUUUUGAGGUUCCUUUGUAUCUUUGCAUCUAGAAACUCAAGGUAUGUGAUGUUUUCACUCUCUUUUUGAUGAUGCAUUAUGAAAUUGAGGGUUAAUGUUUCUACUUGUUAUAACACACACUUGCUUGUUCAUAGUUGAUGAUAUGAAAUUGUUAGUUUGGAAGAUGGCUAUGGUUGUAAAAGUUAAGUUGAUGCUAAAUUUCUGAAUUUUGGGAAAUCUUUACAUUGUAGAGGCAUCAUGCCAAAUUUUGAAAAAAUAUAAUAUGAAACCUUGUGUUUAUUGGCAUCUACAACCAUAGUUACAAGCAAUAUCUGGAUCCGACGGAUAAGCCGGUAUGGGAGGCGGGUCCAUUGGAUGACCAACCGAUAGAGUGGCAACCAACUUUGUUUAAUGAUCGCAUGAACCGGUUGAAAGAUAAAGCGGCGGCAUUUAUUUGUGAGAAAGAAGUGAAGGAAGUGGAGUUUGGUCCCCUUAAUGUGUUUGCUCGAUUUCGAGCAUUGGGUUGGGAGGCGGCGUUGAAUUGUUAUGAUCGCGAUAACAAGAAUUUGUUUGAAAAUGAAAUCCAAGAGUGGAUGGCCACUCCCACAUGUCCCAAGUAUAACAAGCCACAACAAAUGAAACUAAUCGGCACAGUGAAUGGUAUAGAAGUUGAGAUGUCGUUUGACACUUUGAGGAAGUUGGCAAAGUUUGACAGUUUGGUCGCAAGAGACUAUAUGUUCCCAUCUCUCGACGAUUUGUUUCAUAAGCCGAAAGCCCAUCCACGAUGGAAUGAUAUGUUGGAAGCUUUAUUUCUAUCGGGUACUUACCAUGGCACACUUUAUAGGAAAACUCUGAAGAUUGAAGCCAAGUUGUUGCUCAUGAUUUGUAUUUACAAUGUGAUCACGAGGAGGGGGGAUAAGCAGGAAGUUAGAUUCCCUGAGGUGCCCGUUCUUUAUGCUUUGCUUCAUGGGUCACCCCGUUUUCCAUUCCGGUACUUGGUGAUUAUUAACGUGUGGAUAUGUCGGAACAAAGUUGGAAGGAGUAUUAUUCCCUAUUGCCGAAUAAUCACAAGAUUGCUCAAGAUGUACAAAGCUAUUACGCCGGAGGAUAAGGGUGCUAUGAAAAGACAUAGGCAUUUUGAUAUUCGAAGGAUGGGAAGUGGGUGGACUUAUGAUGAAUCUGAGAGAUAUUAUAAGUUGAAAUCUGAAGGUCAACGGUGGUGUGCGUUGAAGGUGGAUGCGAGAGCAUUGCAGCCGGGUGAGGAUGAUGAGCCCGAGAGUGAUGAUGAGCCCCGAAGUGGGGAUGAUGAUUAUGCUGAUGAGCCAAAUAUGGAACACAUGGAUGUUGUGACACCCCAGGAAAACCAGUAAAUGAUGCAACUUACCUAGCUUCCACACAACUGCACAUGCUAAAUUUCGGGAUGAAAUUUCUUUCAAGUUGGGGAUAAUGUGACAACUCGAGUUUCUAAGAUUCCAUCUUCGCACUGUUACAUGUUAAUUGUUAGAUUGUUUGUUGACACGAUUUGUUGUUUCACAACUGCACACGUUAUAGUAUGUUGAAUCGUACUGUGGUUGAUAUUUUAUAUAUGUUGGUGUACAUUAUAUAAGUGUGUAUGUGAUUUAUAUAUGU